AUGCAGUCUUCCAAGUCCACUUCGCCGACGUUGUCGCUAAUGGCUGUCAUCUGUUUCAUGUUCCAGACCCCUAGACCGAGCGAGAAUACGAAGGAGGCGUCGGUAGCUCACCUUCCCCUUGCCUGCUUCGGCUAGCUGAUGCCUCAAUUACCUAUUUUGGGAGACCAGAUGCAUCUUUGGCGAGGCUCGAAGCAGGUAAGCAAUAGAUCGCGAGAAACAGGAGGAAGCAUUCAGGUCAGGUGUGCAAUGCCCAUUUCUCACCGUCUUUAUGCACAGUCAAAGCACCAAGUACAAGAGGGGUUGCCUCCCUACAACGCAUUCGAUGAAGACACCAUUCUCCAACCUUUCCUCCUCGUGCUCGAAUCCAAGAAGAGUCAAUCGACAUUCCCUCGGACUUUCGUCUCACCAUGCGGACCACCACCCUUCUCAUCCCCCUCCUUUCCCUCCUCACGCCCGCCCUCGCCCUCCAAAACAUCUGGGUUGGCCGCCGCACCUCCUGCGACCCCGCCUCCCAUCCCUGGGACUGGUACGUCUGGUUCACGGACUCCCCCCCGUGCUCCGAGGGCACGAUCGGCGGGCCGUCGACGGGGCCGGGGUCGCUCCUCUGCUGGAAGGACAUGACGAUCCUCGGACACCAGGGCAUCGAGUUCACGGGAUGCGCCCCGGCACGGCCAGAUCCGGGGCCGCCGAGUGAGGUGUUUGACGAUGGGGUCAAGGCGUUGGAUUGCUUUGGGUCGUAUGGGAAUGAGGAUAUUGAGUGUCCGAAUAAUUGUCCGGGGCAGAGUGGGACGCAUAUCGUUCGAAAGAUGAGCUUGUGCGAGGAUGUUUAUUCCUGAAUGGGGGACGGAGGCUAUGGACAAGGAGAGACAAAAUGACGGGUUGAUGACUUUGGAACGUACUGCAAUGUCGGAGGGACAAUGAUUGGAUUGAUUGAUAGGAAUGGGAUUAUUAUUCGGUAUGAAAAUUGAUUAUAUGGGGGACUACUGUUCCGACUGUCUUGACU